GCACAAAUUAUCAUAAUAAAGUAGUUGAACCUGAAUGGUUGGAGCUAGAUGAGCAAGGAUUUCUUCCAGAUGACAGUGAACCUUUAGACAUAGUUAAUCAAGAUUAUGAUGUAAAUUAUACUGGAAGUCAAACACGAUCAACAAGAAAAAAACAAAAUGCUACCUUUAAAUUAAAAUCUGAUAUUUCACCUUCGGUUGAAUCAGAUUCUGAUGACUAUGAACAUAAUAUGAACAAUAUAGAAAUAAACAAAAGUCCGGAACCUCAUGUUACUCACCAAGAUAAUGUGAAGCCUAAAAAUCUUAUAAAUACAAAUAAGGACAAUCUUACAAUGAAAUCAACUAUGAAUGAAAAUAGGUUUAUAUCAAAGAUUAAUAAUGCAAGAGAAUCAUUAUUUUCAAAUCCCCUAGAGCCACAAAUUUGUAGUAUUUGUUCUGAAACUUGCUUAAAUAUAAAUGCUCUUAUAAAGCAUAGAGCUCAAAAUCAUGGGGCUAAAAAAUUUCAAUGCCAAAAUUGCGGAACGGAUUUACAACUCUAA